AGCGAGCGAGGGAGAGAGAGAAAUAGAUAUACACCUAUCUAUCUCUAUUCUCACUUCUUGUGGGUUGGGUUAAUUUGUUCACCCUAACCCCUCUUCUUCUCUCUCUCUCUCUCUCUCUCUCUCUCUCUACACCAUCUUCACAGCCUUCAUCUCUCUCUUCCUGAAAUUGAUGUGAUAUACAUGCGAACUGGACAAUGGCUGUUCAGGCUUGUGUGAAUUCAAAAACGAUGGAUGAGAUUGAUGACGAUGAUGAACCCAUAGUUUUCAAGCGUAGUAAAACAGCAUCAAAACAAAAUCCUUUGAACUCAGCAACAAAGAAAUCAUCAUCUCAAAUGCAUGAUGGACAGUCAGGGAAGCAACUAUCUGAAGUACGUUCUUCAAAUGGUCAGAACUCCAUUUCCCAGAAGGUUAAGCCAGUUCAAUCCACGAAGGCAUCACUAGUGAAAUCUCCUUCAGCAAGCCCAAAAGUAUCAAGUUCGUCUGUCAAGGCAUCACCAGCAGUAUCUCCUUCAGCAAGCCCAACAAAAGCCUCAAUUUCAUCUGCUAAGGCAUCACCAGUGGCAAAUUCAAAACCGUCAACUUUAGCAGCUGAUCAGUCAAAACAUUCAUCUCAACAGAAUACAACUUCAUCUCUUAAGGAGGAGAAGCAGUUGAUUAAUGAUUCUGAGGAUUCAGAAGAUGAUAAACCGCUGAUUUCUAGACUCUCUGCUGGAUUAUCAAAACAAAGCUCCAACCAUGCAGACAGAAGGCCAAACACUUCUAGUCUGGGUUUACCACCAGUUCAAAAACCAAGAGUCAAAUGUGAAGAUUCAGAUGAUGAAAUUCCUUUGUCAUCAAAGUUCCAGUUGAAGCCAAAUGCAGGACCGUCUACUAGCAAGUCCCAUGAUUUUGAUGAAAAUAAACCUAAAGCACCGAAACUUCAGCAAAAUGGUUCGACCAUGAAGGAUAACCGAAUUAAAAAAUCUUCUACAGUGUUGAAUAAGAGACCUGUGGGUGAGGUCAAAUCUUCAAGUCAGUCUCCAAUUAAAAGGCCAAAGCUCAAUGAUGGAUCCUCACCAAUUGUUGGUAAGCAAGUAUUUGUAAAAGCAGAAAAAAAGGUAAAUGAUGAAGAUGAGGAUAAUGUUCCUAUUUCCCAGAGAAUGAAGAAGUCAAUUACACCAGUUAAUAAAUCAUCUUCUGCAAAACAAAAAGUAACAAAAGUUGUUUCAUCUUCAUUCAAAAAGAUGAGUAAAAAGUCCAAGAAAGUGGUGAAAAAAUCAAAAUACUCUAAGUCGUCAAAGAUGCUCCCCGGCUCUGGUGAAGGGCAAAAAUGGACUACCUUGAUUCACAAUGGUGUUAUUUUCCCACCUGCAUACAAGCCUCAUGGGGUUAAGAUGCUCUACAAGGCGCAGAAGGUUGAUUUGACUCCCGAACAAGAGGAGGUUGCAACAAUGUUUGCAGUGAUGUUGGAUACUGAUUACAUGAACAAACCAAAAUUCAAAGAGAAUUUUAUGAAUGACUGGAGAAAAAUACUUGGGAAAAAACAUGUCAUUCAAAGGUUGGAAGAUUGCGAUUUUACCCCAAUAUAUGAAUGGCAUCAGAAGGAAAAGGAGAAGAAGAAGCAAAUGAGUACAGAAGAGAAGAAGGCCUUGAGAGAAGAGAAACUGAAACAAGAGGAGAAGUACAUGUGGGCUAUUGUUGACGGUCUCAAAGAGAAGGUUGGAAACUUUAGAGUUGAACCACCUGGGUUGUUCCGAGGCCGUGGAGAGCACCCAAAGAUGGGGAAGCUGAAAAGACGCAUUCAGCCUAGGGACAUUACUAUAAAUAUUGGAAAGGAUGCCCCAAUUCCUGAAUGCCCUAUCCCUGGUGAAAGAUGGAAAGAAAUAAGGCAUGACAACACAGUUACAUGGCUUGCUUUUUGGAAUGAUCCAAUCAACCCAAAGGAAUUCAAAUACGUGUUCUUGGCAGCUAGCAGUUCUUUGAAAGGGCAAAGUGACAAGGAGAAAUAUGAGAAAUCAAGGAUGUUGAAGGACUACAUACAAGGCAUCAGAGCAGCUUAUACUAAAGAUUUUGCCAGUAAGGAUAUCACAAGGCGGCAAAUAGCAGUUGCCACAUAUCUUAUUGAUAAACUAGCUCUCAGGGCAGGCAAUGAGAAGGAUGAUGAUGAAGCUGAUACCGUUGGUUGCUGCACAUUGAAAGUAGAAAAUGUAGAACCAAUGCCUCCAAAUAUUUUGAAGUUUGACUUCCUUGGUAAGGAUUCAAUUAGAUACCAAAAUGAGGUUGAAGUUGAACUUCCUGUGUUCAAGGCAAUUCAGCAGUUCCGAAUUGGAAAAAGUGGCAGCGAUGAUCUUUUUGACAAGCUGGAUACCAGUAAAUUGAAUGCUCAUCUGAAGGAACUCAUGCCUGGUCUCACAGCAAAAGUUUUCCGUACAUAUAAUGCAUCUACCACUUUGGAUGAGAUGUUGAAUAGGGAAACUAAGGGUGGAGAUGUUACUGAGAAAGUUGUCGUUUAUCAGCAUGCAAACAAGGAGGUUGCCAUCAUUUGUAAUCAUCAACGUACUGUUUCAAAGUCCCAUUCUACACAAAUAUCAAGGUUGAAUGAAAAGAUUGAAGAAUUAAAGGGCAUUCUAGAUGCGCUUAGAACAGAUUUGGCUCGAGCAAAGAAAGGGAAGCCCCCGCUGAAGGGUUCUGAUGGAAAGCCGAAGAAGAACCUGAACCCUGAAGCGUGGGAGAGGAAGAUUGCUCAAACCACUGCAAAGAUUGAGAAAAUGGAGAGGGAUAAGGAGACCAAAGAAGAUUUGAAAACCGUGGCAUUGGGAACAUCAAAGAUCAACUACCUUGAUCCUAGGAUCACAGUUGCUUGGUGCAAGAGACAUGAAGUUCCAAUUGAGAAGAUUUUCAACAAGUCUCUUCUGGCGAAGUUUGCUUGGGCAAUGGAUGUCAUUCCCAGCUUCAGAUUCUGAAGUCUUAGUUUAGCACAGGACACUUAGUACCCCGCUCUGCUCGUUAUCUGUCUCACUUGAAAAUAUUCACAAAUUUUAUUUUAUUUUAUUUUAUUUUUAAUUUAACUCUUCCAGCAGGGAGUUCAUGUUGUAUUCAGCAUACCCAUUCACUCUUUUUCCUCCCCCCUCCCAUCUAUUAAUGGUGCUAACUGCUAAGAAGCUGUGACAAGAGUUGUCCACUGAGACUUUUUAGAUGAAACAAAUAUGUAUUACUAACAUUUUCAGACAUUUUGAACAGUGAAAUCUCUUUGAUUUUUCAUUGUCUUAUAUUUUGAGGUUCUCUUCUUUUA